AUGAAUAACAGUAAUAUUUAAUAAGGCCUAAACGAAAUAGAAGGCUAAAGAGUUGUUUAAGGCUUUGGAUAAGGACAUUCCAGGAUGUAAACUGAACCAUCCUCAAUUUUAGCUACUUAGCACAAUGCAAGCGGAAAUGAGGCUACAAAUAACCUUUAUUAAAUGACAUUUAACAGUAGCAAGUAUAGGAAAGAAUAAUAGUUAAGCUAAUAAUCAUAGUUUUAGAAUCAUACUUAAUUGAUUAACAAUUAAUUUAAUUUUACUGGAUAAAACCACCAAAUAUCCAAGUAGUAGUAGCAAAGUGCUGUCAAUACAAGUGCACAGAAUACCAGUAAUUCAGGAAUAUAGUCUAAUUAAUAACAAAAUAGUAAUGCCUAAAUGUAGUAACAGCAGCAUACUUCUUAAAAUAUGUGUUCUACUCAUUAAGGAUAAUAACAAUAAUAAGCUAACAACAAUUCAAAUGUUACCAUAAACUUAAAUUCUUAAAAAUCAUCUUCUAGAGUUAGAAGCAAUCACUCUUACUUGAGUGGCACAUAACAGAGCGCUUAGAUAGAGUCUUCAGUGAAUUAAGGCUAAUCGCGCUUCUUUCAACCUGCUUAUGAUCUUUUCUUUGAGAUUCAACGCAAAUUAGACAAGGAUUUAGCUGAGCGACUCAAAAGACAAAUACCAAUAGAAGAGAAAAAAGAAAAAAUAUACAAGUACGAAGCAGCAAAUAUCAUAAGUUUUAUAAAGAUAAUGUUUGAAGGCAUCCUUGCUUAAAAUUCAGAUUUAAAAGUUCAAAUUAUUGAGUUAUAAAAUGCAAAUAAAAUAAUAAGCGCUUCUUUGUCAACCACACACCAUAAUACUACAAAUUAAUCAAAUGGAAACAUGAUUUGUGAGGAAAAUAGUGUAGAAAUUACUUGUAAAUACUGUAAGGAGUAUGAACAACAACUUUAGAAGCUUGAAGGAGAUAUCAGGCAGCACAUUAGAAUACAACAAUAGCUGAAGAUCAGCAUAGAAAAUAAUUAAAGUAAAAUUGAAGAAUCUGACAGGGAUAGUAUUAAAAUGACUGAAAAGAUAGCUCAGAUAACAAAAGAAUAUGAAGAAAUUAAAAUAAAGUUAGAAGAAAAGACAAAUGAGAUUUAAGUGAAUUAAGUUCAAAAACAAAAUUUGGAAAAGCAAUUAGAGCAACUUUAUGAAAAAAAUAAAUUACUGGAGAAUAGAUUAAUUAGUGGAAGACCAUCAACUUCUAAUCUGCACAUUAACAUGAGUACUCUUCCCUCAAAUCAGCAGUCUUCUCAUUAAUCAUUUAUAAAGACAAAAAGUGUUGUAAAUAACAAGCACAUUCUUGAUUCUUUUGUUGAUGAUGGCCUUCUCCAUGAAGUUGAUAAAAGCUCUUCUUCAAAAGCAAAUUUUAGUAGUCUCAGCACUGCUUAAUAGCUUUAAAAAUCCUAAGAACUACAAAAGAUGCAUACAUAGUCUGAUUCUUAAAAGUCAAACUCAAACUUAAAUAACUUCUUGUAAGGAAAUAAAUUAUUUGGAAAUGAGGCAUUUACAUUCGACGAGAGUGGAAUUAGACGCGUAAAUCCUCAAUAAGAAGGGGAAACUUUAUAAAAUAAUAUUUAAAACCUAAGUACCAAUAGGUUGCCUAUUAAUCAUGAGUUUGUUUCUAAUGAGAACGAACACCUAAGUUGUGAGAACAAAAAGGAUAAAUAGUCAGAAGAACUUAUCAAUAUUUAAAAAAAACUGAAAAAACUUUAAAAAAUAUCAGAGUCAAAACUAUAGAACUAGCAACACUCUCACUCAAUAUCACAAAAUUAUUAAAAUAACUUAUAAUAAACUUCUUAGGACAUCUCUUUAUAGAAACAAUUAACAGAAAGAAACGGCUCUGUAGAAAAAUACUAAAAACCAUACUAGCUUUCAUCAAAUACUUAGCGCCUUAAUACAAUAAGCAAUCUAGUUGGCAUAUCUAGAGAAAUACCAUCUAAUAAACAACCAGAAGAAAAAAAUACUUUGAAUUCAUCUCAUUAAAAUCUUAAAAUGUAGAAUAAUAGCUUCAGCACUUUGAAGAAUUAAUCAAUACAGUAAUAGUAAUUAUAGUAAGCUCUCUAAGGAAAUACAAGUUAAAUGCAAUCAAACGCUUAUGGCACUAUAAGGAAUGUAUAAUAACAGUUAAACAGACCUUCCUCCACAUUAGGAUAAAGAGAUAUUAAUAACAUUAGCAAUAAUAGUAUAACAACCUCUAAACCUUAAAAUAUAAGCUAGGCUUAAAUUUAAUAAAAUGUUUAACAGUAAUAAAAAUUAAAUAAUAAAUCAAGUAGUUAAAUCUCCAAUCAUGCAUCAAUAAACAACGAUAAAAAUUCAUAAAACACUAACAAAACAAAAAUACCUAAAGGCAACAGUAAUUCAUAGCAAUUUGUUUGUAAUAUAAACAUAAACUCAUAAAAUUAAAAUUCAUCUCAAUACAAUAUAAAUCAAAAUCAUUAGAAUACUCAAUAAUCUUUAUCUUCGCACCAGCAUUAGAAGCAAUCUUCACUAAGCAAAUAAAGUUCCUUGUAGCUAAAAUAAAAUGAUAGUGUCUUAAAUAGAACUAACACUUCUGGAACAAUCAAUAUUAAUAAUUAUGUUAAUCCAUCAUCAUAAAACUAAGCAACAGGACAAUCACCUUAAAAAAUUUUUUCGGGAAGGUAGAACUAUACUGGAACAAACAACAACUGUGAUACAGACAGAGAAAGAAAUACAUCUAACCAAAGAUAAAAUGGCGUAGCUUAAAAUCAUCAAAGCGUUUCUUAUAAUAAUAAUGGUCACAAAACAUUAAAUAAUUAAAAAUCAUAUGAAAAACUAAGAGCAUUUAUGAACUCUCCAAAAUUUAAAACAGAUGAAGAUGUUUAAAGCAAUACAAGAAGCUAGAGUAUGGAUGGGUAAUCUAGUUACCGCAAUAUAAAUUAAGUGUAAACCUAGAGAUCUAAGCACAACAUCCCUAUCUAAAAUCAAAGCAAACCCGUUCAAAAAUUAUAAAAUCAGUCAAGCUCAAUUCACUACUAAAUAAAUUUGAGCAUGAAUAAUAACAACAAUAAUAUAAGCUAAUUGAACAACUCAAUUCAUAAUAGAAGUCAUUUUUGA